AUGUCUCUCCUUGUAUACACACUCCUUUCACUUUGCCUACUUGCCAUAGGUGCUGUCAGCGCGCCCACACCAGCAAACAUCUUAUUGGCACAGAAGUACGCCCCGCAGUUCCGGUUCCAUAAAUCCGAGACCUACUUUCCAUCGACAAUCGAAUUCUUCCUGGCAGGCGGGGGUGGCGUCAAAGCGUACGAUGCCAAUGGACCCAUCAGCGGCGCUCCAUUUCCUCUCACAACCGCCAACUUGGGUGACCUAGCGAACAGAGGGUCAGGAAUGUAUCUAACCACCGACGUAAAGGCCAACCUGAACGGCUUCCUACUCGGCCAGAAUCCCAACAGUGGCGCAGGCUCGACUUAUGUCUUUAUUGCCCCCAAGGCCAAUGGAGUCGUCGAUCUGUACUACUGGAUCUUCUGUCCAUAUAACCAAGGAAAGAAAAUUAUAGUGCUGGGCUAUGUCGGAGACCAUAUCGGAGACUGGGAGCGAAUCACUGUGCGUACAGUGAAUGGCGUUGCUACUUCGGUCGACUACCACGCGCACGGCGACACGGGUUCGGGCACAAUCCCUUGGUCCCAAACACCUAAAUUUAUCCCAUCCUCUCCUAACAGCCCGCCCUCGACGAGCACGACAGAUCCUACGGCGCGUCCAGUCGCCUAUGUGGCGCAAGGCUCACAUGGGAUGUGGUCCAGCGCUGGCUCGUUUACAUACGUCAACGCCAUCAUCUUCCAGCUGAAGGAUACUACUUCGGAUGGAGGCGUUUACUGGGACACUGUGAAUGCGUUGACGACGAUUGGUUACCCAGACACAUAUUCGGGUAGCCAGAAUUGGCUCAACUACGUGGGUGCAUGGGGCAACAAGGGCGUGAACAAUUGUUGGUGGUAUGGGAUUCACGACGAGUGCGAGUUAGUCGAUGGACCGACAGGGCCCGUGCGUGCAGAUUUGCUUGGAGCUGCCAAGACGUCCGGGUCACUGUUCGCCAAAGCGAGCGCAGAUUUACCGUCUCACGUCCUCGCAACUCCUUCGACCGAUUCAUCUACAUAUAAAGUCCACCUGGAAACGCCCCUGAUUUCGAAUGCAGCACUGGGAGUCUCGUAUUUGGCAGUUGAGCAACUGUGCGCGACACUUAACCAAACAGCAACCCAGGACACCUCCCUUCCCGUAUACUCGUUUACGCCGAAGUAUAUGGCAUUUCCUCUCAAACGUACAGCCGAGUACACUCUUUCUGUCCAGGCAUGCGACGAAGGCUCGUUUGUGUACGCGUAUGCUGUCGGAUACUGCACAAAUUCACUCGACGAGGAGGCAGAUAGCGUUGAUGGAUGCAACUUUGGCCAGCGUCGCAAGAUCCGGGCGUUUUCUAAUGACGUCGUAGGUGCGCAAGAGGUUCGUGCAGUUGUGACGGAGGAUUUGGACAAUUGGGUAUUGUAA